GUAUGCUGAUAAAACGUCGGAAGCAGGUUCGUGUUCGGGCCAGUCGACCUUUACGAAAAAAGCUGAGUUGCACUGAUAAGAUUAGAUACAAACGCUUAUCAGCGUUACGAAUGUUGCGUUUGAAACAGGUAUUCUGCGACAGUUCGGAUCCAGUUAUCAGAGAGUUCGCGCAGUGAAAGUAUUUUUCAUUCAGUCGACAUGUGCAAAAGUGACUAAGAUUGUAUCAUAAUCAGCAUUAAUUAUUAUUACCAGUAAAUUGCUUAUGAAUAAGUCAAUUGAGCGUAGCUAAUUGAACAGUAGCGAGAUGAUAAGACCAGCGUCUUUGAUUCGAGACGAUGAAGAUCGGCUGCCGCAGUUCCAGGCAAAUGCAAAUAACAUAGGGAAAGAUUCGAUUGAUUGUGGAAUAAGGGCGUGUAAUUGCUGCAACGGGCCGGGAUGUCAACGCUUGGGCACAUCAACAUCGUUUCUAAUCAUCCUGUCCUUGGCCGGUUUCGUACAGGGUGGUAUCGAGUCAUAUUUUAGGGUUUCCGCCCAUCAGGCAGCAAACGAACACGAGUUUGAUCCAAUCAUCGUCGACUGGCUGCUGGUGGCCAGUGGAAUAUCGCAAGGCCUAUUUGCCCUGCUAGUGACCUACUGGGGCAACCGAUUGCACCGUAUCUCGUGGUUGGGUGGAAUAUUCAUGCUGCAAGCUGUUGGACUGCUGAUGCUGAUCAUACCUACGCUGACUCACAACUCCAAUGACUCACAAACCAUUGCUGCUAUUGAGGUGCCAAAUGUUUGCAUUUUGGAUCAGUCGGCCGACAUCCAGAUCGAGAAGCCCUACGGCAUCACGACGUUGGUACUGAUGUUCAUCGCCCAGGCUCUGAUCGGCAUCGCCAAUGUAACCUUCUACUGCUUAGGAAUGAGCUACCUGGAUGAUAACCUGAGAGAACAUCAAAGUCCCAGCCAUAUCGCAUGCGCACUAGCUGCUCGCGUUUGGGGUCACCAGUUCGGGCUCGCAAUCGUUCUGGCCGUUGGGGCAACAACGCUAGGUUGGUGGCUCGGUUGGGUCAUAAUUGCACCGAUCAUAUUUGUGUUUGGUUUUCUGCUGUCUCUUUUCCCCAAGCGAUUGCUGUCCACUUUAGUACGGCAGGCAGCAGAUGAAAUAAUCGAAACAGCCACCAACGACAGUCACCAAUCGCUGACGGGGAACAAAUGGCUGGCGGAUAUCGCCCUGGCGGCAUCACUAAAGCGCGUCUUCACCAACGGUAUUCUCAUCUUUAACGUGCUUGCGCUGGUUUUCAUUCAAACCGGUGUUAUCAAUUUCAAUGCACACGAGCAGAACUAUCUGCAGUCGAGGUUCUUCUUGCCCACCUCAAACGUCAAUGGAUUGAACGAUGAAUGGACUUCAAGAUUGAUUACCAACCUAUUGCGAGCCCCGGUGGUUGCCUUGGCCAUGGUUGUGGCCGGCUUGAUUAUUGCCAAAGCAAACCCCAGUCCGAGGAAACUUGCCGGCUGGAAUAUCAUUGUGGGCCUAGUAGCUGCGGGUCUGUUUGUCGCAUUCAUAUUCCUUUCGUGCGACAACGAACGUAUUGCGGGCGCUUAUCGCGGAAGACUAACGAAGCCGUUUUGCGCUUCCAAUUGCAUCUGUCCGGAGAAUGUGCCCUUUUCGCCGGUAUGCCCCCAGGACAGUGUGUACACGUACUUCUCGCCCUGCCACGCCGGAUGCCAGAAUCGUUCGGAAAUCAACAACGUAAUCGUGUACACGGACUGUUCCUGUGGCAUCGAUACGGAGUUGGUGAUAGCCGAGGGAGGAAUGGCCACGGAAGGUGCCUGCGGCAUCCAGGACUGUCAGAAGUAUUGGAUCAUCUUUCAGGUGUUGGCCGUUGUGGUGGCACUUUUGCUAGGAUCGGCUUUGAUCGGAAAGGUGAUUAUAUCGAUUCGAUCCGUUUUGCCACAGGAUAAGGCACUUGCGCUAUCAGUGGAACUCACAUUGGUCGGACUGGUCGUGUAUUUGCCGGGAACUGCUGCCUAUCAGGCAAUUGCAAUCAGCGCCUGCCAGUUUUGGUCAUCUGAUCAGCGACGGUGCUUCAUCCACGAGACACCAUUCUUUGGAACAACCGUUAACAUAUUGACUGCCGUUUUAAUCAUAAUUGGUGUGAUUUUCGACAUUUUGGUGUUUUACUUCGUACGAGACCUGCCAUUGUAUGGCGAUGAUCCUGACGAUGCAUACCGACCAAUCGAAAUGCGACUAAUCACACAGCAAGCACGCAUCAGUUCCAGACCAACUAUUUCCCCAGACAGCGAGAUCCAACCAUUCAGCGUUCAUCAGGAGCAACAGCAACGGGAAUUGUCAUCAAUCGCUCCUUCAAACAGUUUCCUCCAGACAUCAACUGUUGUCGCUCAGGAUGCACCCAUUAUCCAGUCCAUCCAAAACACCCAGGAUGACUAUCCUCACAUUGCUCGGUCUGUUUCUCCAAUCGCUGGCCCAUCAGCAACGUACGCACAGGUCAUCCGGCAGCUACCGACUCGAGCGUCUUCCAGCGAUUUGGAUGAACAAUUGGACUUCAGAUCGGCAAAUAGCCUACCACCGGACAAGACAGACGAGGACGAUUCGGAUUACGAGGAUGCCAUGCGGUUAAGCAAAUCUAAUGGCCCACUAACGAGUUUGAGAGAUUACUCGGGUCAAAAUCCAGCCUCAUUUGGAGUUGCAGGUGGUGCAAGGAAUUUUGAAUCACCGCAGUCGAGCGUGGUUAGCAGUCCAGGUGGCAUCGGGUAUACGAGAACCAAGAGUCGAGACGGGAGACCCAUGAGUCCGGAGACGGAUUUCUAAGUGUGUUCUACCAUGUUCUCGAUAGUGUAUUAAUAGAAUACGAGUGAGUUAUUGUAGUGUGUAGUCUGGAGGUGUUAACUGGGCUCAAAGCUGCUCAAAAAUUAUGCCAAUCGAAACUAUGUGACGACGUAAGUCAAAACGAGUUGUAUCACAACGAAGUUUUGCAAUAGGUUUAAUUGUUGCCUAUAAUAAAUGUAAGCUAAGUACAUAUAA